AACAGUGUGCCAGUUUUUAACUAGAUGGGUGUCUCUUUGCAGCUUCUGGAUAGCCUACCUCAUUUGCAGAGGUGCAUGCGGUGGAGAUCUGAAGGGCAGUGUGCAGGAUGGUAGAUAUCAAGAGCUCAGCAAAAAGACAGUUGUUCUGGUAGCUUACUAUGUUUAUACACCACUUCCAGAGAACAUAGAGGAACGCUGGAAACUGAUGCUCAUAAGCGCUGGUUUUAGAUCUGUAGGACAUAUGGCUGGUUUAGCUGAGCAGCUGGGUCUGAUGCACUACAUGGAAGUUCUGAUGAUGAUCACAAGUUAUGAAUAUGUUCCACCAACAUCUGAUGAAAAUGUCACUGUGACAGAUACAGAAUUUGAGAAUGUUCCAGUUCGGUUAUAUGUACCCAGGAAGCAGUCCAGUGAAUUGAAAAGGGCAGUAAUUUACAUUCAUGGUGGAGGGUGGUGCGUUGGAGGCUCAGCCAUGGAGCCCUAUGACCUCCUGUCGAGAUGGACUUCAAACAAGCUAAAUGCAGUUGUCGUAUCAGUCGAAUACAGACUAGCACCUAAAUAUCAUUUCCCGGCUCAGUUUGAAGAUGUGUACAUGGUAUUGAAGUUCUUCCUACAAAAUAAUAUACUUGCACAAUACGGAGUAGACCCAUCUCGGAUCAGUGUUGCAGGAGAUAGUUCUGGAGGUAACUUAGCUGCUGCAGUGGCACAGGAGCUGCUGGAUGACCCUGAAGUCAAAAUUAAACUUAAGACACAAGCUUUACUUUAUCCAGCUCUUCAGACACUUGAUUUGGAUUUACCAUCCUAUCAAGAUAAUGAAGACAAGCCGAUUCUACCCAAGUCAUUAAUGGUCAGGUUCUGGAGUGAAUAUUUUACUAAUGACACCUCUCUUAAUGAAGCAAUGGCUUCCAACAGUCAUGUCCCUGAAGAAUCAAGCCAUUUAUUUGCAUUUGUAAACUGGAGCAACUGGCUGCCUGAAAAGUUUAAAAAGGACCACACUUAUAAGGGCCCAAUUUAUGGAAGUUCUAAGUUUGGAGAAAAAUAUCCAGGGUUUCUGGAUCCAAGAGCAGCACCACUGUUAGCUGAUAAUGUUAAAUUACAAGGCUUACCUCUGACAUAUGUCCUCACGUGUCAACAUGAUGUCUUAAGGGACGAUGGAAUCAUGUAUGUCUCACGACUUAGGGAAGCAGGAAUUCAAGUAACACAUGACCACAUUGAAGAUGCAUUUCAUGGGGCUUUAAUGUUUAUUACAAGUCCAACUAAUCUCGCUCUAGGGCACAGACUAGCAAAUAAAUAUAUUGCAUGGUUAGAUCUGAAUUUAUAAGAGAAAUUGCAUAUUUAACACCUGUAGUUUUUACUCACUGGGUCUCAGUAAAAUGCUGUAUUUGAAGACAAAAAUAUGCCUGUUGAGCUUCAUGAACAUGACAUUGCCAUAUUUUAAUAUAUAUUGCUCUAAAUUAUUUGGAUUCAGGAUGGUUUCUUGCUUAUCCUGUAAGGUAAUAUAGUCUGACUAAUCUAAGUGCUCUUUCAUCCCUGACAUGUAAAACCCAAGUCCAUACAACGUCUAUUAGUCUCUCUAGAUUUCGCUAAAUAGGAAUAAAAAUGCCCCUGAACAUGAACCAUUUUGACCUAGCUACCCAUACCCAGUGUGAAUUCCUCUUCCUUUGGAAUUCUCUUUCCAUUCCACAAGCUCUGCUGCUGAUUCACAGUUCAUUUUACUCAUUGAGUUUUUUCUUAAUUUUUUCUGUUAAAUUCACACCCUGUAAGCCUGUGUGUGUGUCCAUAAUAUAAAUAUUAAUUUGUUAGUACCAAUGUUUAGUCUUUGCUGCUGAUCCAUCUUAGAAUCUUUGCAUCUGCCCUAGAAUGGGUUCCCCCUAUAUGCUACUUAAUAUUAAAAUGCUCAUUGUUAAACCAUAAUCACCACUGAGAAAUUAUACUACAGUAAAAGGGGUAGUAGAUAUAAGUGGAAUUUCAGAGAAAAUCCAUGAGAAAAGUUUUGGUCUAAACCUGUGAAGACUUGCUGACUGGCAUUUGUGUGACUUUAUUUCUCUUCUUAACAGAAUUCAAGGUAAGCACUCGAAAAGAUAACUAAACUUGCAUGGCUGUAAAUACAAUGACGUUACAAAUAUGUAGUUGUUUUGUGCUAUUAUUAGACUUUCUCUAAUAAGAACAUUCAUUAACCUCUGCUUAUUGGGAUAAAUUAAGUGGUAAAAUUUAAUAUUGGAUACAAUAUCAAAUAAAACUAAAGAUCACAGCUAUAUGAUAGCAUCAUUUUUCUGUUAUGUAUUUCUCAUUACUUAUUAAAAUAGUAAUCAAUACUCAGUAAUCUUAUCUGUCACUAUUUAGUAAUCUCAGCUGUCAAUAAUCAAUAAACACAGCUAAUUUAAAGUUAAUUUAGUAAUAUUUCAAUACAACACUCCAAUUUGCAUCACUGUCCUUUAAUGUGAAUGUGCUUGUUCAUGAAAUACAUAUCCUAAAAAAUGUUGGGAUAAUGAAAAGUAAUCUCACCACAUUGAUUAUUGAUUUUUAUGUGCUUGUAACUUGGUGUUUUUCCCAUUAGAAGAUACUAAAACAUCGAAAAAAGUCAACAGUUUCCAGGUGUGUGUAAAAUGGAAUGUAUACAAAAUGAUUAUAAUAUUAAUUUGCCUUCAUUUCUCAUCAUUAUAGUCAUUAACAUUAAAAUUUGAACUUUUUAAUUC